GAAAUAUGAUAAUAUAGAGCGAUUUUCCAAAAAAAGCUCCAAUUUCUAUUGUUAUGUUUCGCCACAGGAAGCCCAAGAGCUCUAAAUCCACUGCAAACGUGAAAAUCAAAAAAGGAAGGCCUUGGGCUCCCUGAUUGCUUCCCAGCAUGCAAUAAAAGCUUCGAAAAGCAAAAUGGCAGCACAGCGAUUAUUUUGGUGUGUUUUGAUUCUUUUUUAAGCGUUUUUUUGAAAUUUUUAAGAGAUAUCAUGGCGACUUCUAGCCUAGAAAAUAACCAAAGUUCAUCCUUCGUGGGAACCUUCAAAGUAGUUUUAUAUCGCAGUCUAAAAGCUGUUUUGAAUCAGCUAAACACUCGUCUACUUGAACCGAUGCGGAGAAGUUGUCCAAGUCGACGAUUUCGUAUACAAUUUUCAUCUUGAAGUGACUAAGUGAACCAUUCUCAUAACGUCUCCUGUGUCAGGACCUGCGACAGCUGAAAGAAAUCUUGUUGAGUUGCUAUCAUUUCUACAGCAGUCAUGAAUAUUAUUAUUAUUGGACUGUUUGUUCUUGCUGGAGUUCCCGGAUAUAGCAGCCUGACUCCAARAGAGUUUGCUAUGAAGUGCAUUAAGGAAUACAGAACUGUACUUGACAAUUACAGCGAGGAGAAGGGGACGUGUAUUCGAAUGCAGAUAUUGGUCGACUGUCUGUCAAAGAGAAAAGAAAUUCAGAGUCCAAUGGUGGACGCCAUGCGAUAUUUUGCUACCCAGAAUGGCAUAUUUCUCUCCAAACUGAACGUUUGUCCCGACAUUGACUACAAAGAUGUCAAGGAAAUCAAUGAUAAAACAGAAUUUGCUAUGCAGCGCAAGUAUCUGGACAAAAUAGAGACAGACGAACCAGAUCAGUGUGCUGUUGAUGUUUACAUGAAAUGUAGAAAGAGCUUUCUGACGAUUUUUGCAUCCAAUCAUAAGUUGUGCGAUGACGUCAAUGAGGGUAUCAAUUGCGUCACCAAGGAGAAAAAGACCAGUGGUUGUAAUGCUGAUAUUCUCAAACACUACGACCAGAUGAUGCGUCGUGUCGGGCUUUUYAUGGUACAACAGGUUCGCCUACUCGCUGGCAUACAAUGUGCGAGUGAUGUUCCCGGUACARACUGAUCAUGCGCAAAGAACAUAGAAUAAAAAAUAAAUGAUAGCAAACCAAUUCAAGAAUAAAGUCAAUUUACAUCAAUGAAA